AAUCUAUAAAAUAAUAUUCAUUUCCUGUUGAUCUGACCUUUGACCUUCUGAGUGGCACUACUGGACCCUCAUAUAAAGGACUAAAGUAUAUUAAAAUAUAUUUUUCCAAACACACAUCCAUGACCCACUAAAGUCAACACCACGACCCUCUUAUAGGUCCCGUCCCGCUGGUUGAGCCUCACAGUCCGGGUUAAACUGGUGUCUGGUGUCUGACUGGACCACUUCCAGCGUACUUAUAAAGGUUUUACUGUAGUCCUCAGACCAUGUUGUGACUCCGUAGAGGUUUCUGGAGUCUUUCUGGACUCGGGUCUGGGGGCUGACACGGAAGUGGCCGGAGUGUCCUCUGCGCCGCGGACAUGCGCAGUGGCGCACUGGGUGUAGUCUGGAGUCUCGUCUUUUCCUGCUGGAGUUCGUGCAUGGCGGAGGACACAAAGAGCUGAGGCCGAGGCAGACAGCAGCACACCGGGAUCAGAGCUGUGGACGCGGCCUGGAGCGAAGACGACCUGCCGCUGCUGAACGCUCCCGCUGCGGGCAGAGACCGACAGAGCCCCGGGGGACCCACCGGGAACCGGACCGACGGAGACGAAGUUUGGGAAAGUUCAGGAAAGUUUGAGUCGGAGCGGCGGAGCCUGAGCUGGAGAGCAGAGACAAAAUGCCGAGGCUGAUCGGGGCUCUGGUGGCUCUGAGCUGGCUCGCGGUCUGCGUUCGGGCCGCCAUGGACGAGUGUUCGGACGAGCAGGGCUCCCCGCAGCGCUGCAUGCCCGAGUUCGUCAACGCCGCCUUCAACAUGACCGUGGUGGCCACCAACACCUGCGGGUCCCCCCCGGAGGAGUACUGCGUCCAGACCGGGGCCACGGGAGUCACCAAGUCCUGCCACAUCUGCGACUCCAGGGACCCCCGGAACCACCACAGCGCCGUGUUUCUGACCGACUACAACAACCAGCAGGACACCACCUGGUGGCAGAGCCAGACCAUGCUGGCCGGGAUCCAGUACCCGAACUCCAUCAACCUCACCCUGCACCUCGGUAAGGCCUUCGACAUCACCUACGUACGGCUCAAGUUCCACACCAGCCGUCCCGAGAGCUUCGCCAUCUACAAGCGGACGAGCGAGGACGGCCCCUGGGUGCCCUACCAGUACUACAGCGGCUCCUGUGAGAAGACGUACCAGAAACCGAGCCGCGGAUUCAUCCGCACCGGAGAGGACGAGCAGCAGGCGCUCUGCACCGACGACUUCAGCGACAUCUCGCCACUCACCGGAGGAAACGUGGCCUUCUCCACACUGGAGGGUCGACCCAGCGCCUACAACUUUGACCACAGCCCCGUCCUCCAGGACUGGGUGACCGCCACCGACAUCAGAGUGACCCUGAACAGGCUCAACACGUUUGGAGACGAGGUUUUCAACGACCCCAAGGUCCUCAAGUCAUACUACUACGCCAUCUCUGACUUCGCUGUGGGAGGAAGGUGUAAGUGUAACGGCCACGCCAGCGAGUGUGUGAGGAACAACGGUGGACGCGUGGUGUGUAACUGCAAACACAACACGGAGGGAGACGACUGCAACGUCUGCAAACCGUUCUACAACGACCGACCCUGGAGGAGAGCGACCGCCGACAACUCCAACGAGUGUCUGCCGUGCAACUGUAACGGGAAGAGCUCUGAGUGUUACUUCGACACCGAGCUGUACCGGGCCACGGGUCACGGAGGUCACUGCAGGAACUGCGCUGACAACACGGACGGGCCGAACUGUGAACGCUGCCUGGACAACUACUACAGAGACCAGAGCGGCGCCCGCUGUCUGCCCUGUGGCUGCAACACCGUCGGCUCCGAGUCUCCACAGUGUGACAACAGAGGAGUGUGUGCGUGUAAACCUGGCGUGACCGGAGAGAAGUGUGACCGCUGCCAGCCGGGCUACCACAGCAUGACCGAGGCUGGCUGCAGGCCGUGCUCUUGCUCGCCAUCUGGCAGCACACAGGAGUGUGACGUGAACACGGGACAGUGUCGCUGCAAAGACAACGUGGAGGGCUUCAGCUGUGACAGGUGUAAACUGGGCUACUUUAACCUGGACCCCAACAACCCUCAGGGCUGCACGCCGUGUUUCUGCUUCCAGCACUCGUCUGUGUGCGACAGCGCCGACGGUUACAGCGUGCACACCAUCGGCUCCUCCUUCAACAGAGAUGAUGAACAGUGGACGGCUCAGCAGCGUGACGGCUCCAGCGUCUCCGUCCAAUGGUCUCCCAGCGGACAGGAAAUCUCCCUCAUUUCAGACGACUACUUUCCCAUGUACUUCAUCGCCCCAGAGAAGUUUUUGGGGAACCAGAUGCUGAGUUAUGGACAGAACCUGACUCUGAGUUUCCGAGUCGACCGGCGGGACACUCGGCUGUCUGCGGAGGAUCUGGUCCUGGAGGGUGCGGGCCUCAGGGUAGCCGUCCCACUCAUCGCCCAGGGCAAUGCCUACCCCAAUGAGAACAUGCAGACCUACGUAUUCAGGCUCCAUGAUAGCGCCGAUUACCCCUGGAGGCCGACCAUCAGCCACUCAGACUUCCAGAAACUUCUCCACAAUCUUACAGCCAUCAAGAUCCGUGGCACCUACAGCGAAAGGAGUGCCGGUUACAUCGAUGACGUUUCCUUGGUGACGGCGAGGCGGGGCCCAGGUGCUCCUGCACGCUGGGUGGAGAGGUGCACCUGUCCUCAGGGUUAUCAGGGUCAGCACUGUGAGCAGUGCACCCUGGGAUACCGCCGCGCCCGCCCAGAGCUCGGACCCUUCAGCCCUUGUGAGCCGUGUAACUGUAACGGCCACAGCGAGGCCUGCAACCCCACCACUGGAGCGUGUGACUGUCGGGACAACACCGCGGGUUUGAGCUGUGAGCGCUGCAAAGAUGGCUUCUAUGGCGAUGCUACCCGGGGGACUUCAGGUGACUGUCAGCCAUGUCCCUGCCCAGCCGGAGCAACCUGCGCCGUCGUCUUCAAAACCAAAGAGGUGGUGUGCACCAACUGUCCUGCAGGAACCACAGGUAAGCGCUGUGAGCUUUGUGAUGACGGUUUCUUCGGCGACCCUCUUGGCCAGUCUGGUCCUGUCCGAGCCUGCCGCGCCUGUAAAUGCAGCGACAACAUCGACCCCAACGCCGUUGGAAACUGCAACCGUGAAACUGGAGAGUGUCUGAAGUGCAUCUACAACACCGAUGGCUUCUUCUGUGACCGCUGCAAGGAGGGUUACUACGGCAAUGCUCUGUCGACCAACCCCGCCGACAAGUGCAAACCUUGCUCCUGCUCACCUCUGGGCACCGUUGGUCGGCAGACGGCGUGUUCGCAGGUCACUGGUCAGUGUCCGUGUCUCCCCAAUGUGGCCGAACGUGACUGCAGCGCCUGUCAGCCCGGCUUCUUCAACCUGCAGAGCGGCAACGGCUGCGAACGGUGUAACUGCAAUCCCAUUGGCUCCACCAACGGUCAGUGUGACAUCAGCUCAGGCCAGUGCGAGUGUCAGCCUGGCGUCACUGGUCUGCAGUGUGAACGCUGUGAGGUCAACUUCUUCGGCUUCAGCUCGUCUGGAUGCAAACCAUGUGACUGCGACCCUGAGGGCUCCCAGUCGGGUCAGUGUAAGGAGGAUGGUCGCUGUGAGUGUCGUCCCGGCUUUGUUGGCGCUCGCUGCGACAUGUGCGAGGAAAACUACUUCUAUAACCGCUCUGCACCUGGAUGCCAGCAGUGUCCAUCCUGCUACAGUCUGGUCAGAGACAAGGUGAACCAGCAGAGGCAGAAGCUGCACGACCUGCAGACUCUGAUUGAUAACCUGGGCUCAGGUCAGGACACGGUCAGCGAUAAAGCCUUCGAGGAUCGCAUGAAGGAAGCAGAGAGAGCCAUCAUGGAGCUGCUGGAGGAGGCUCAGACCAGCAAAGAUAUGGACAAAGGCCUGCUGGACCGUCUGAACAACAUCAACAACACUCUGACCACCCAGUGGAACCGUCUGCAGAACAUCCGUAACACCGUGGACGACACAGGCACACAGGCCGACCGUGCACGCAACAGAGUCCGAGAUGCCGAGAACCUCAUCGACAGAGCCCGGCAGGAGCUGGACAAGGCCAGGGACGCCGUCAGUAAAGUGGACAUCAAACCACCAAGUGGCACCGGAGAUCCAAACAACAUGACGUUGCUGGCUGAGGAGGCUCGCAUACUGGCCGACAAGCACAAGAUGGACGCUGACCAGAUUGAGAAGAUCGCCAAAGACGCCAAUGACACGUCAACCAAAGCGUACAACCUGCUGCAGAAGACUCUGGAUGGAGAAAGCAAGACGAGUCAGGAGAUCGAUGAGCUCAACAAGAAGUACAAUGAGGCAAAGGAGCUGGCUAAGAAUCUGGAGAAACAGGCCAACAAGGUGCAAGCUGAGGCUGAGGAGGCUGGGGACAAAGCUCUGAAGAUCUUCGCCAACCUCACCAGCAUACCGGCGCUGGACACCAAGGCUCUGGAGGAUGAAGCUAAAAAGAUCAAGAAGGAGGCGUCGGACCUUGACAAGCUGAUCGACAAGACGGAGAAGGAAUACAACGACCUGAGAGACGAUCUGAAGGGCAAAGAGCAGGAAGUGCGCAAACUGUUAGAGAAGGGCAAAAGUGAGCAGCAGACUGCGGAUCAGCUGCUGGCACGAGCAGACGCUGCCAAAGCUCUGGCAGAAGAGGCGGCGAAGAAGGGUCAGUCCACAUUCAGAGAGGCUGAGAGCAUCCUGGAGGACCUCCGAGACUUUGACAAGCGUGUCAAUGACAACAAAACUGCCGCUGAAGAUGCUCUGAAGAAGAUCCCCGCCAUCAACGCCACCAUCAUGGCCGCCAACGAGAAGACCAGGCAAGCAGAGGCAGCGCUCGGCAAUGCAGCCAACGAUGCCAAAGAGGCCAAAACCAAGGCGGAGGAGGCCGAGAGGAUCGCCAGCAACGUGCAGAAGGGCUCAGCUAAGACCAAAGAGGAUGCAGAGAAGGCGUACCAGGACACGAACAAGCUGGACGAGGAGGUCGACAACAUGAUGGAUCAGCUGAGCACCGCUGAGCAGGAGCUGGCGAAGAAGAAGGCCGAGGCAGACCAGGACAUGAUGAUGGCGUCGAUGGCAUCAGACAACGCGAAGGAGGCCGAGGCUAACGCCCGCAAGGCCAAGAGUGCCGUCAAGAUGGUUCUGAGCACCAUCACAGCCCUGCUGGAUCAGCUGGGAAACAUCGACAAGGUUGACCUGAGCAAGCUGAACCAGAUCGAAGAGUCCUUGAAGAGUGCCAAGGGCAAGAUGGCCAACAGUGAGCUGGACAGGAAGCUGACCGAGCUGAACGACGUGGCGCGGAGCCAGGAGGACAUGAUCAACGACUACGACCGGCAGAUCCGCGAGAUCCGCAGCGACAUCCUCAACCUGGAAGACAUCAAGAAAACGUUACCCGAGGGCUGCUUCAACACGCCGUCCCUGGAGAGGCCUUAACCCGCCCACCUCCUCCUCCUCCAUCCACCUCCGACACCCCCCCCGUCAUGUCUAACCAACGGCGAACACGCCGACUUUUACCAAAACAGUUUUUUAACUUUUUGUUUCAGAUUCUUGUCUUUGUUUUUCCUCAUGAGAGAGAAGCCAAUAUUUCAUCACGAAACAGAAGCAGCUGUUUUUGUUUUGUCUUUAAAGUUUUGUUCGUUCGAGACGCAGUAACGUGGUUUCGGUAGCAUGAACUAAGCGGCGCAGAGAAGCCGUGCAGAGGUGGAGGAACCUCAGAGAAAACCCAGAACCACAAACCCGACGUGACUGCACCGUCUGCUCCGAUGAGGAAGUUUCACUGACACAAAAACCACGCAGAGAGCUCCUCACACUGCGAGGAACGUCUCGACUUUUACUUUUCUGUCUGACCAGCCAUUACCCAUCAGUCCCUGGGCACACUUCAGAGUUCAGCUGAAAGUCGGCUCCACAGCGUUCAAACACUUCCUCCUUUUAAACAGCCAUGUUUUCAGACAGCACAGUGAAGGAACCUUUUCUCCCAAAGCUGCGACACCUCAUCACUCCUCUUCAGCAGUAUUUUACCCCACAAACCGGGCUGUGAUGCUCAGAAACGCUGCUCCUGCUCGCUGGGGUGAACGACCCCUCUGAAGUCCAGAGAAAAACCUUUAGAUCUUGUUGGAGCCAGAUUUAGUAUCCUGUUUCCACAAGCUAUGGUCCUGGUUUAGGGUUAGAAGAUAUUUUCUUUUUUGCAUAAGAGUUUUACAUUGCUUUGAAAAGGAAAAUGAUGCAUAGAAAAUAUUAUCUUGGCACAUGCCACAUAUCUUGUUUCUUGUAGGAUCUUGUAAAGCAAAAAAAAUGUGAAUAUCCUGAUACCACUUUUUCCCCUCAAAAUUUAAUAUCUAUUUUCCCAAAAAGGAGGGAUCUCAAGUUUUUAGGUUUAGAAGAUUUUAAACAAGUUAUUAAAUCAGGCUCAUAUGAUAGGGAUCUUACGAGAACAUGAUAACUUUUACACCAAGUUUUAACACUGAUGCACUAGAUAUUUUUCCUAAACAUUAUGUGAGACAGUAGCUGACUGUGAAAGUAACUAGUUAAUAUCUUGUUCCUCAGAUCCAUACUUAAUGCCCAUACUUGUUUUAGAAACAGAGUCUUUAACUUGACAGAUAUGUCUAAUGUGCAAGAUAUUAAACUGGUAAGCUACCUUGAGAAAUAGAACAGUGAACAAAAUAUGCUAGCUUCUGAGCACAACAUGUGACGUUAACAUUCUCAGUGUCAUCUUGUGUGCACAAGAUAUGAUUGUUUAUGAACAUAAAAUGUAAAUAUCUUGUGAGCAAGAUUGAUAUUCCUCAUCAAAAUGUAAUGUCUUGUUUUCCAAAAGGGAGGCAAGAUGUUUUUUUAUUCACACAAGCUAUAUUUUCAUUCUAAUAUGAUCAGAUUCUUGUGGGAACAAUACGAUAACUUUCGCACCACUUGUAAUAGCUCAUGCGCAAGAUAUUUUAUUCUACUUCUCCUAUGUCAUCUUGGGUGCAGAUGAUAGUGGUGGUCUCUAUCUUAGAAUUUUAAAAAAAGUGACAUCUUGUUUUAUUCUGUUGCCCAAGUAGAUGUCUAAUGCGCAAGAUACUGAACUGUACACAUAGGAUAUUGAUCAGACGGACAAGUGAGACAAAUGUAGCUUCUUUGCACAAGGAGGCACCUAUUGAAAGAUAUUUUUUUGAUCACACAAGAUUUGAAUUUAUUCUAAUGUGAUCGAGAUCUUGUGGAAACAUGAUAACUUCACACCAACUUAAAAAGCACAUACAUAAGAUAUUUCAUCCUACGUAUCCUAUGUCAUUUUGGGUGCAGAUGAUACCCAUUUGUUUUAAAAGAAAAGUUAGUUUCUUGAUUUAACAUCUGAAUCUUUUAAAAACAAUAUCUUGUUUCAGUAUCUUGCUUGAGAAGAUAUUAUGUCUUAUGUACAAGAUACAAAACUGCACAAAAGAAAUAAAAGAGAGACUUGAACCAAAUAUGCUAGCUGCUAUACACAAAAUAUGGCUGUUUACUUUCUUGGUAUCAUCUUGUGUGCACAAGAUAUGGAUCUUGAGCGGAGAAUGGAGUUGCAUGGUUUUAAUAUCUUAGUUUUAAGCACAAAAACAUCUUGUUUAGUUAAUAUUUUGUUCCUUAAAAGGAUUGGAUCUUGAGUUGGGGCUAGAGGGUACUGUUAGCUACAUGGGAGGAGAUAAAUUGUGCUUGUAGGAUAUUGAUAUUCUGGAAACAAGAUGAUCACUACUGCAUCAAAAUUUCAUCCCUCAUGUGUAAUGUAUAAUCUUAUACACAUCAGGUCAUCUUGCAAGCCCAAAUGUAGAAUUUUUAGUUGGAGAUAGAAGUUAUGUUUUCCUUAGGAAAACAAAUUGUGCUUGCAGAUCUUCUGGCAACAAGUCGAUCACUUGUGCACUAAAAAAGCAGAUUUCUAUUUGCAAGAUGUUUUUUUUUUACACUCCAAAUGCGGUCUUGCAUGCGUAUGAUUUGGGAAUAUCUUGUCAGAAAGAGCCAUACCUUGCAUGCGUUUGUUAACAUGUUGUUUCUAAGAUCAUCUCUGGUUCUAGAGAAGGACGCAGGAUUUAAGCUACGUGAGGCAGAGAUUUUUUUUAAUUUCAUGACUUGUAUGCUUGUAUUUACCCUUGUCAGACAGGAUUGUAUCUUGUGCCAACAGGAUAGUAAAGGUUCAGGACUUCAGGAGCUCUGUCUGUAAAUCAGCCCCGACCUUUCUCUCCAUGGUCAAACAUUUCCUGAACUGACAUUUAAACACUACAUUUCUUGUAUUUUUAUGGUCUGUUCUGUCAGAAGUCGCUGCUUUUCACUGGUUUUUACAGAUCACACAUUAACGUUUUCUUCCAGGCUCAAUCCAACACUAUGCAACUUUGUACAUUUGCGUAGCGAGAAUUUUAUCUGAUACACUGGUGCUAAUAAUUAUUUCAAAUGUUAUAUUUUUGUGUGAAUGUUUUUUAUUAUGACAUAGAGUGAGGAAUUUGUUAUUUGUGUAAAUAUAUGCUUAAAUGAUUCAGGACUGGCUGAUUUUACCAGAGAAGCUCCAUCAUGCAAACAGCCGCGUUAAGUUCUAUCACAAUCAAUCAACGGAAACCUCCAGGUUAAAUAUAUAUAAAUAUCUAUGAUAACGUCUGUGGUAUGUUAUUAUUAUAAUAUGCUUGCUUGUAUACACAGCUCAGUGUUGCUGCCUCAUAGCGAUGCCAAUAUUUCGUUUGUGUUUUAUUGAUUUUUUGUGGCUUUUCACAAAUUAAUUCAACCUAACUGAUUUCUUUAAGUUUUUUUUUUUUUUUUUUUUUGACCCUUUUUACCAAUCAGGACAUGUUUUAAAGUGGGCGUCUGCUGCCUCACCAAUCAUUUUACUGAACUUAUCCCGAGAUAAGCUCGGACACGUUGCUACUGUAGUUGAAUUAGUGUUUUGUGCCUUAAUAUAAAGUGCAGUCUAAUCACAGCUCCGACGAGGGCGCCCACCUUUUUAUUUCACCAAAAUUUUUCUUGUUCACCGUCUCCUCAUGUCGGUACCAACGCAGGGCGAUUUUAAGGAUCAGGUCCUAAACUGAAUGAUUCACAGCAGAGCUUUAGUUUUUAUUUAGAUCAUUCUCUUGCAGGUAAACAGACGAAUCCUUAAAUCUCCAGAGUUUCUGUUUAUCUGUGAAGGAUCAUCUUGAAUGUCAGACUCACUGAUUUGUUUCCUGUUUUCUUUUUAACGUUAUUUCCUCCCUCCAUCCAGACGGCUGCUCUUCAGGUCGUGCAGCACACUCACUCACUCACACUCACGAUGUAUAAACAGUAUUUUAAGUUAUAAUAAUGUACCAGUUAUUUGUAUUGUAACCCUGUUGUCUUAGGCGGUGGUGAGCGUGCUGCACAGCCUGCAGAGGCGUCUGCAGUGUUUUUAUUCUGACGUCGUGUUUGCAGCCCUGUGAGGACCUGAACGAUGACCCUGUUUGUUCACAUGUGCCUGUAAAUCCAAACUUAACAUUUGAAUAAUAAAAAAUUAUUACAGGAA